AUGGCGUACUCACUCUGGAACCACUCGACGACCACGAACGAAAUCGUCAAGACAAUCCAAAGCGCCAAGGUGGCAAUGAUGCGUAAAGCUCUCUUUGCGCCGCUACUCUCGGAGGUUCUCUCGGAUGAUCCUAUGCAGCAGUUUGCCACUACUGGGACGACAGCUAGGAUUGAGGAUGAUGCAUUUCUGGAUUUGGACUUGGCUGUCUUGGACAACUUGAUGAGAGGCACCGGAGAAGAUGGAGAAGGCGGCACCGAAUGGGAUGCGGCGCGAGAAACCGCAACAUUCGUGCCGUUGUGCAGAUACUCCUCCCGGAAUAACUUAAGCCAUAUGGUCACAUCCACACUCACCAGUAAAGAAUCUGGGACAUAA